AUGUGUGCGAAGACUUUCAAACAUUGUACAGAGCCGAGCAGCAGAAGGCUUCGUCAGUCUAGCUCUCUUGAGCAGGCUUUGGCCAAAGGCCAGUCUGACUUAAUACCUCUGCCCAGCAGAAAAGUAGUGAUCCAGCACAAGAGCCGGCAGCCCCAGAAGCGGAGAGGGGAGGCUCUCGCACGAGACGAGUGGUGUGACACGAAGGCUGGACCCGGGCUGCUGGCAACUUGCAGCCACGAGAGCAUCGUUAGGUUAUGGAAUCUGGCCGAUGAUGAAAACUACAUUCUCACGCUCCAGGGCAUUGAUGAGCGCAACAGCCUCAGCGGGGACAAGGUGACCAGCGUUGACUACAACCCUCGAAAACAGGUGCUGGCUUGUGGCACGAGGGGAGGGCGCAUGGUGCAGUGGCGCUGCUGCACACUUUCUGGUACCCCGAAGACCGAGUCCAACUGGCAGGUGCUCCCUGUCAUCAGCGUCAGCGACUGCACCAUUGACAAGCUGACCUGGGGUCCGGGGGAAAGCCUCGUCCAUGUCAGGACAGAUCGUCAGAGCGUCAUUCUCUCCGAGGCCCAGCUGAACACCGCCUUCCAAGCACCUAUCAUGGCAGUUCAAACAGCACCGGCGGAGAUCAUGAUCUAUCACACGGAGAAGCAGAUGCAGAUCGGCCUAAGCUCACCCUUCCGCGUCAAGGGUGUCAGCGUGGGCGGAAGCACGGUUCUCCUGUGGAAUAGCAAGCAGAUCAUGCUGUACGACAUCGAUGUCACAAUGCAAGCCUCAGUCUUGAGUCAGUUUACCCGAUCUUACGACAUCGUGGCUGCGGCCCUCUUCUGCCAAAGCCAUGAUCGUGUGGUGGCCAUGGCCAGUGGCGCAAAAAUCGAGUUCGCAAACAAGCAAGGUCAUGUGCAGAAAACGAUUCAGUUCUCCGAGGAGGUGGAAGGCUUUCCUACUUGCCUGGAUGUCUGCGGUGAUUUUUUGGUGGCCUCCACCUCUUUAAACUUCAUCAAAGUCUGGAAGGUGUCCCAGGAUAAGCCGAAACCGAUAGGUGCUCCGAGGAAGUUCGAAGGACUUGAGGAACGGUCGCUCGGCGAAAUCAGGUCAGUGCGCAUCAACAAGACCGGAACUCGAGUGUCGAUGCUCGUGGACCAGAGGCUCGGUGCCAACGGCCAGCCAACAGAGGGCGGCGCCCUGCGGGUACCUGAUGGACGCAUGUUCGUGUACGACACGGACUCCGACAACUUCCUCACGUAUACGGUUGGCAAAAGCAGUGUCCCCGUAGCUCACUUCUGGGACGCUUCGGACGGUCGGCUUCUGUGCUGUGAAGUCGUGCCGCAGGCCCUCGCGUACGACGGAGAGGCACAGCCUCCGAGUUCCACAGCCGGGAGCAUGGAGGAUGAGGCAAAGAACCAGCCACAGCAUUGUGCGAUGACGUUGUUCGUCGCGAACUCCGAGCAGAUUCACCUGCAGGACAGCAUUCCCUGCGUGGAUCCAGACCACAGCGUCACUCAGAUGCCUGUGGCCCUGAUGGUGCCCCACGUCUACUUUGCCCGGCAAGGGGAGGCAGCCGAGGGUUCUCCGGAGGAGCCAGCAUCUUCUCUGGUCAGCCGAACGGUGCUUAGAGACUUUGCUGGUCUGGAGAACAUGGACGAAGAGACGACCGCGGCUAUGCUCAACUUCUCGUACCACCUGGCCUGUGGAAACACGGAUGAGGCAUACAAGAGCGUCAAAGGUGUGCGCUCCACAGGGGUCUGGGAGAGCAUGUCCAAGAUGUGCGUGAAGACAGGCCGUUUGGAUGUGGCCCAGAAGUGCCUGGGGCAGAUGGGCCACGCCCGAGCAGCCGGGGCGCUCCGUGCUUGCCUGGAACAGGAGCCCGAGGCACGGUUAGCAAUCGUCGCCGUACACCUGGACAUGGUCGACCAUGCAGAACAGUUGCUGAAGAAGUGUGGAAGGUAUGACCUGCUCAAUCAGCUGUACCAGGCCGCAGAAUGGUGGGAGAAGGCCCUGGAGAUUGCGAAGACCAAGGAUCGUAUUCAUCUCAAGCCGACCCACUUUGCAUAUGCGCAGCACUUGGAGGCAGUGGAGGACGUGCAAGGGGCGCUGACUCAUUAUGAGCUCUCCGGCACCUACCGCACCGAGUCCCCACGACUGCUCUGCUCCAUGGGCAUGACGGAGGACCUGGGCAGCUAUGUCGAGCAGAGUGACGAUUCGCAGCUGCACAGAUGGUAUGCCCAGUACUUGGAGUCAAAGGCGGAUCUCGAUGGCGCUUCGCGAGAGUACAAGAAGGCCGGGGACUGGCUGAGCCUCUGCCGCGUCGCUUGCUUCAACGAGGAUCUCGAAAGCGCACAGAGGAUUUGCGAGGACUCGCAGGACCAGGCAGCCUGCUACCACCUCGCAAGACAUUUGGAGGCCGGGGGCAGCUUCAAGGAGGCCAUACAUUACUUCCAGAUGGCCGGACGAGUGGGGCAUGCACUGCGACUAGCCCAGGAGAACAACUUCGACGGAGACCUCAUGAGCCUGGCACUGUCUGCAGAUCCUCAGAGCAUGGCUCAGGCUGCCAAGUAUUACGAGCAGCGUGGGCAGCCUCAGAAAGCAGUCAUCCUCUACCAAAAGGCCGGUCAGCAGAAGAGGGCGCUGGAGCUGUGCUUCUCGGCACGGCUCUUUGAUGCGCUGCGCAAGAUCGCAGAUGAUCUCAGUGCAGAGAGCGAUCCUGCCAUACUCGCGAAAUGUGCGGAGUUCUUCAUGCAGCACGAGCAGCACGACAAAGCGGUCCACCUGCUGUCUAUCUCCAAGCAGUAUGACCGAGCGGUGCAGCUUUGCACAGAGCACGACGUGCACAUCACUGAGGACAUGGCAGAGCGGAUGACCCCGGACAAAGGAAGUAUGGAUGCGACUUCCAGGUCAGAGAUUUUGCAGGACAUUGGCAAGCUCUGCAAGAAGCAGGGGUCCUUCCAGCUUGCCUGCAAGAAGUUCACACAGGCUGGAGACAAGCUCAAGGCGAUGAAGAGUUUGCUGAACAGCGGUGACACGGAGAAGAUCAUUUUCUUUGCUGGUACUGCGCGGCAGCCAGACAUCUACGUCUUGGCAGGGAACUACUUGCAGAGCCUGGACUGGCAUGCUGAUCCGGACAUCAUGAAGAACAUCAUUCAGUUCUACAGCAAAGCCAAGGCCUACGACAAGUUGGCGUCCUUCUACGAUGCCUGUGCUCAGGUAGAGAUUGAUGAGUACAGGGACUACGAGAAGGCGGGCGGCGCUCUCCGAGAGGCCUUGAAGUACAUGGCCAAGGCGGCUGGCGAGACGGCAGAAAGCGACGAGCGAGUGAUAUCUCUGCAGAGUCGGAUCGCUCUUGUCGAUGAGUUUGCAGGUGUGAGGAAAAUUGCCAAAACCGAGCCAGAUCAAAUGGUUGCGGUCUGUGAGAGGAUGGUGAGCACGCCAAACAUAGACAGCGCUGUCAGAACCGGCGACAUUUUCGCACAGCUUGUGGAGUACUACACUGACUUCAAUGACUACAACUCUGCAUACAGGACGGUGGAGCGAAUGAGAGAGCACGGCAUUGUGCUCACACCGUACCUGGACAGGGCCCUUCUCGAACGCAUCUACGGUGCUGUUGGACAGCCCCUGCCCGAGUCGGAAGCAGCUCCUGCUGCGCCCGCCGCCGAUGGCGAGGACGUGGACGAGGAGAUCGCGGAGGAAGACUGCUGCUGGCUACGGAGCGAGGAUGGAGAGCGGAUCUCUGGAGCUGACCUUGAGGUGCCUUUCGAAGGGCUGGAGUUGUUCCACGAGGUCUUGCCCGGUGGAGAGGAUAUGGAGAUGGAGAUCCUGGCGCAGCUCCAGGCUUGGCCCUGGCAGCCAUCGCAGAGUGGGCGCUGGAAGCAGGACUUCGGCCCAAAGGCCAACUUCAAGAAGCAGCAGGUGAAGAUUCCGGAGACCUGGAAGGGCUUCCCAUCCUGGUCUCAGCAGCUGCUGUCGAACCUGAUUUGCAGAUCUGAAACGCUGCAGAGCUUUGAGGCCGUAGAAUGCCUCUCGUUGUGGUACGAUGCAGACCGCGGAGCCAAUCAUGCGUUGCAUGUAGAUGACCUGUGGCUCUGGGGGGACAGAAUCCUUGGUGUGUCGAUGCAGAGUGCGUCGGUUUUCACAUUUUACGACCCAGCGAACGAGGUGGUGGUCAGAGUCCCACUGCCGAGACGGUCGGCGUACUUAAUCAGCGGCCGGGUGCGCGUCGACUGGCAACAUGGGCUAAUGGCAGAGGACAUCUCUGGACCUCGUGUUGCAAUUACUUUCCGCGAACUGACAGAGGCGGUUGCAAGCAGUGAGCUUGGUCAACUAGCCCUCGAGCGAGCAAAGCUUGUGGCGUGCAGACCCGAGGACGGUUCUGAGAGCCGGACAGACUGCCCAACAGAAUCGCAG